CUUUCUAAUUCAAGAAACUCAGAGAACGUUCUCUCUUCAUCCUCCGCUACCUUAUAUAUACUGACCUUUCAUCUGAUCUAAGACAUCAGAUCAAGGAAAACAAGAAUCAAAACCAAGCAAAAGUUAAACUCACUCAAGAAACAACAAUGUCUCUAAUUCCAAGCCUUUUCAGUGAACGCAGAUCAAACGUUUUUGAUCCCUUCUCGCUUGACGCAUGGGAUCCAUUCCAAGGAUUCUUCACUUCUUCCGCGUUAGCAAACGCUUCCGGCUCAACCGCUCGUGACAUUGCAGCGUUUACAAACGCGAGAGUUGACUGGAAGGAGACGCCAGAGGCACACGUGUUCAAGGCCGACUUGCCGGGGCUGAAGAAAGAAGAAGUGAAGGUUGAGGUUGAAGACAAGGACAUUCUUCAGAUAAGCGGAGAGAGGAGCAAGGAGAACGAGGAGAAGAGCGACAAGUGGCACCGCGUGGAGAGGGCAAGCGGGAAGUUUAUGAGGAGGUUUAAGUUGCCGGAGAAUGCGAAGAUGGAGGAAGUGAAGGCGACGAUGGAGAACGGUGUGCUUACGGUUACGGUGCCGAAAGCGCCUGAGAAGAAGCCUGAGGUUAAGUCUAUUGAUAUCUCUGGCUAAGCCACUGGGGAGGAAGAUGAAUGAUUGAAGAUUUGGCGUGUGGAAUAAAAAACGUGUUUGAUUUCAAAGUUUGUGUUAUCUUUGGGUUUGUUAUGUUGUGAAAUUGUGGCUUUUCUGAAA